GGCGUGAGAAAUAGAAGUACCCGUGGUUCCACUGUAAUAUCUUUGCUAUUUGUGGGACUGGAAAACAUGGAGAAUUCACCAUAUUACCAACCUGAUAGUCACCAGCAGCAGGCAGCGAAUAUGCCGAACAUGCCGCCAAAUUAUGCCCCUUCAGGCGGUCCAUAUUACCCCGCUCCAGCCCCGGGAUUCCCUCCAGUCUCUUACCAGCAACCGCCUACUCCACAAGGUAAUGGUGAUCAUUCCUCUCGUCCUGGCUUAUGGCCUGGACAGAAUGCAUACCAAGCUUCUCAACCCCAAACCCCACCGCCUUGGCCUCCCUUCCCACCAACCCAAGUCAACGCAGGAUACCGAGGUCCACCACCCCCGACCCAAGGCACCGCAGGCUAUGGACGCGCUCCACCCCCGCCGACAGGCAGUGCAGGCUAUGGGUGCCCACCGCCCCCGACACAAGGCAAUGCAAGCUACGGGUGCCCGCCGCCAGGUUAUCCGCCACAGCCGGCUGGAUUUGAGGGGCACGGAGGACCGCCAAUCCCUCCACCGUUUGACCCACACAGACCACCACCUGGGUUUCGCGAGCCCCAGUCAAACCAAAUCUCAGCAUUCGUUGAGGCGCAGCGUGCUGCCUCUAGCGUGCCACAACAGCCUACGUUUGAAUCCCACCACGCUGGACCUACAAAUCAGUGGACUCCUGUACCCGCCCCAAGUCAGACUAGCAUCCGAGAAGGUGGAGGCAGACCUCCGGAUCAUCAGAGACAUUUUGCCAGCACAGGCCCACAAACGCUUGGGGCGUCGAGUGCCAAUACGGAAGACAGGUGGCAGAGAGGUCCCAGCGAGUUUCUCAGUAAACAAAAAGAACCGCUACUUCAGCCACCAAAACCAGAGCCUUUAGAUGAGGAAUCUGUACAGAGAAAACAAGACGAGCGAUGGUUAGAAAACUUUUUGUCCAGGAGAAGGAGGGUGAAGACCUGUCCACAGACAGCCCGAAUCCAGACGCUCAGCGUCAGCCAGGUAAGAGAAGACCUGUAUGGCACCCUCAAACUCGUAUCCGACCUGUCGAGCAUCUGUCAAACUCUAAAAGAGAAUCUGGAAAAUGACGCUCUGUGGACAGAGUCCCACAGCCAAGCGGUCGGAUUGAUGCACAACAUCCAAGGCAAGCUGAACGUCCUGACCGACCCAGAGGCGGUGCUGAGUAUUAAAAAGAAGCUAUCGACUACACUCAAGAAGAGAACAAGGGCGCGUAGGCAGAAACUUGAGAGGCUUGAAGAGGAGCAAAAAAGAGAGGAGAGACUCACCGAACGACAUGCAGCCAUAGACGCAUGGAGGAUGAAGCGCAUUCGUCAAGUGGAGGAGAAGAAGAGGGAGGAGGAGUUGAAGGCGGCGGCGGAUGCAGUGUUGUCGGAGGUGAGGAAGAAGCAGGGGGACGCCAAGAAGAUGGUGGACAUCCUCCGAGCCCUGGAGAAACUCAGGAAACUACGCAAGGAGGCCGCCGCUAGGAAAGGUGUGUACCCAGAGAAGGAGAGUGACGAGGUGUUUGAAGGUCACCUGUCUCGUCUGCGCUCCCUCAUCGGCAAGCGCACAGCGCUGUAUGGGGCGGAGGAGAAGGCCCUGAGGGUGAUGCUGGAGGGCGAGCAGGAGGAGGAGAGGAAGAGAGACGUGGAGAAACGACAGAGGAAGGAGAGGGAGAAGCUGCUGCACAAGAGACGACAAGUGGAGAACAUGCUCUUCGGAGACGCCAUCCCAGAUGACCAUCCUCUGCUGGCCUUCCAGGAUUACUACCUCCAGGCCGAGAGCUCCCUACCAGCACUGGUGCAGAUAAGGAGGGAGUGGGACCAGUUCCUCACCCCAGACGGAAGUGCUGUUCCCCAGGCAUGGGUUUUACCCGAGCCCCCGGCUGACGAGGCCUGGGCCACUGCCCUGGAGAAACACAUCUCCCUCACGGACUGAACUACUAAUGAACUUCACCUCGGAAAAGCAGUUAUCUGCCAUACAUAUCAAUCUACACACACAAUGUUACACAUACUGUGCUAUACAAAACAGUGCAACUCCUUCUAUGUAGGGAGCUGUCAUGCACAGCCCUGGAGAAGCAGUGGGCCCUUCUCAAGACCUAGUGCAGUGCACUUCUAAG